CAUGGGCUCAGGCAAUUCACUCACCUCAAGUUGCCCUGACCAUCACCCUCGUCCCCACAGGGCGUGAAGGAGUUCAAGUGCGAGGUGUGUGGCCGAGAGUUCACCCUGCAGGCGAACAUGAAGCGGCACAUGCUGAUCCAUACCAGCGUCCGGCCCUACCAGUGCCACAUCUGCUUCAAGACCUUUGUGCAGAAGCAGACCCUCAAGACCCACAUGAUUGUACACUCGCCCGUGAAGCCAUUCAAAUGCAAGGUGUGUGGGAAGUCCUUCAACCGCAUGUACAACCUACUGGGCCACAUGCACCUGCACGCGGGCAGCAAGCCCUUCAAGUGCCCCUACUGCUCCAGCAAGUUCAACCUCAAGGGCAACCUGAGCCGGCACAUGAAGGUCAAGCAUGGCGUCAUGGACAUCGGCCUGGACAGCCAAGACCCCAUGAUGGAGCUGACAGGCACUGACCCCUCUGAGCUCGACGGCCAGCAGGAGAUGGAGGACUUCGAGGAGAACGCCUACACCUACACGGGCGUGGACAGCGGUGCCGAGGCCAAUGUCCUCACCGAGCAGGCCAUGAAGGAGAUGGCCUACUACAACGUGCUAUAGCGCAAGCCGGGCUACCCCGGAGUGGAGCUGGGGGGGCUGGGGCGUGGGGGUGAGACCCACGGGCUGCGGGCUGCACCUCCUGCGGCCGAGACACAAGCUACUGCCCCACUGUCCUGAGCCCGCCCUCCCGAGUCAUUUGCACCACUAGGGACCUUUAGACCAAAUGAAGACUGUACUGCUGGCCUCGCUGUGAGCCAGGCACAGGCCCGGGCACCCUGGAAAGGGAAAGAUUACAAGAGAGGCCCAGGCCUGGGUCUCCUUGGCCUGCUAUAGUGGGAGGGUGGGGGAAAUGGGGCCACUGGGGAAGGCACAAAGGCACAGGCUCUCGGGGUCUUUCCAGGCCCAGCAGAGUUUUUCAGGGGUCCUGACACUGGAGGAAGAGAUCCCUUGAGCCAUGCCUCGUUUCUCUUCUCGGUCAGCUCCUGUCUCGAGGGAUGACUGAGCUCCCCUCUGGUCAGCACUGCCCACCCUCACCUGCCCAGACCCCCCGUCGACAGCCAGCCAGGCAGGGCACUCUGCCUUCUACCUCCUGGUGCCUCCCAUGUGCUCCUCCAGCCAGGCGUGCAUGCAGCCCCCACGCGGCCUAUGGGACAGCGGGGGGCCCAGCCCCCAGCAAAC